AGCCCACCCUGGUCCGAGAGCGGCCUCCGGCCACGACCGAGCGGCGGGCCAGUCCUGGGAGGGGCGCGGGCCGGCGCACGACAUGGGCUGCCUCGGCUGCCUCGAGGGGCUCGGGCUCGGGGGCAAGAGGCCGCCGCCGCUGCCGAGAGGUCCGAUGACGCUGAAAUACUUUCCCUUCACGGGGCGGGCCGAGCCCAUCCGCCUCGCGCUGAGGAUCGGAGGCAUCGAGUUCCAGGACCAGCGGAUCACGAACAUCGAGUGGGCGACGGCGGCAAAGCAGACGACCCCCUACGGCCAGGUGCCCGUGCUGGUGGUCGAGCAGACGCAGAUCGCGCAGACCAAGAACAUCCUCAGGUACCUGGGGAAGCUGAUAAAGCACGACGGGCGCCUGCUCUAUCCGGAGGACCCCCUCGUGGCCGCCAAGGUCGACGAGGUGCUGGACGCGUUCGACGACGUGUGGGUCCUCCUGGCCCCGACGUAUCCUGAAUCAAGGACAAGGAGCAGAGGGAGCUGGCGAGGCAGAAACUCUUCGGGCCCGGCGGCGAGGCCGCCGCCAUGCUCGGCAUCUUCGAGAGGAUGCUCAAGGACAGCAGCAACGGCUUCCUGGUGCCCGAGGCGAAGGGGCUGACGGUGGCCGACCUCGCCUACUUCUGCUACCUGAACACCAUUCGCUCGGGCUUCGUCGACGGCCUCACGGCGAACCUUUUCAGCGAGUUCCCGGAGAUCAGGAAACACAAGGACAAGGUUGCAGGCAUCCCUGCAGUGGCUAGGUACUACGCGGACCCGUCAAAGUCCAACCCAGAUAAUCUGCAGAUAUACGAGGUGUUCAAGCCUGGCAAGUGAGCGGGCUCCGGGCACAUGUCUUGUGUCUGUCUAGGGGAGGGUCGAAGGGCGGAGUUGUCUGGAACCCCAGGCAACGGUGCCGGUCGGGAGCUCCGGCCUGGCAUGCUGCGCCGCCGAUUCUGGUUUAUUGCUCUCUGGCGCGACAUGCUUACCACGUCCCAGUCCCAGCCUUUCGCAGCCUACCAGGAGGAGGAGCGAACGGCGGCGCUGGCGACCUGAGACCACAGUCGGCUGUGCUCGGGGGCAAUCGGCCUCCAGCUUAUUCUCCGUGUCCCUUCGGAAGACGUGCGCUGCCCAGUGCAGCGAUCCGCGUCAGCGUGUCUCCACUUGUUCCCCGGUCGUAGACUCUCAGUUUGCAUUGUUUGCACGUGUUGCUGUGGACCAGCUGUGUCGCACACCCAGUACUUCGGCUAGGUGCGUAGCACCAGGCUCAUCUCUGCGCGUGUUACAUACGCUUUGCCGCACCGCACGUACACUUGAACCAGGGGGGGUUGGACAAACAGUGUCUUUGCAGGCUCGUUCUGUCGUGCAUGGGACCACUGCGUGCCUUUGCUGAGGGACUCGGUGUGUGGCCAUCCCCUUAGG